UUCAGAGCAUCAUUCCAAGGACACACCAGGAGGAAAAAUGGCCAAAUCUUUCCCAGUAUUCUCACUUUUGUCCUUUAUCUUGAUACAUUUGGUGUUAUCUUCCGUUUCAGGCCCUAGACACUGGUGGCCACCACGUGGAAUUAUUAAGGUGAAAUGUCCAUAUGAGAAAGUAAACUUGAGUUGGUACAAUGGAACAGUCAACCCCUGCCCUGGCUUAUAUCAACCCAUCUGCGGCACCAAUUUUAUAACCUAUGAUAAUCCCUGCAUGCUGUGUGUUGAGAGCUUGUGA